UGACACUCCACUAACCCUCUCAUACCGAGACGCGAGCGGUCCACGCUCCUAACCAUCUCCUCUCCCGUGCGUGUCCUGGGGGACAAGCCAUUGUGCUACCUAACUUACCCCCGUUAAACAACCCGUAAACCGAGGCAUUAUUAUAAACAGACACAGCAUAAUAACCGCUCUCGGGUUUACCGGCGCUCCUCAUUGGUCCUUUACACGCGCGUGCUCCAAGUGCUCUUAUUGGUCAAAGCGCCACGCGACCAGCAAGAGAAGGGGGGCUCCUAGGCGCGUGCCGCUUUUUAAACCGACGCCGCGCCUUGAGACACUAGAGAAGGAGACCUGCACGCGACAUAGUGAGAGCGCAGGGUGCUGAAGAAGCAGUUUUAUAUUGUUGCCUUUUUUAAUCCUCCAAGACGGAGAUGGAUGUUCUGCGUAUUGGGGAGUGGAGCAAGGAACCAAAGGAGAUGAGCGAGCUCGACGCGCAGGGCUCGAGCAUGGAUCCGUCAGGUCUGGCACUCAUGAACAGCAGUGACCCACGCGCCUGGCUGGCUCCCGCGCAGCCUGGCACCUGCGUGGCACACGCCGACUACCUGCUGCACUCUCCCUGCUCCAGCUCGAGCCUGGAAGGCGGGUCCCCCGCGUCUGACGACCACAGUCCGAACUUCAGAGAGACCGGCAAGGGCCCGCUCAAAGUGCGGGAGCUGUGUCGAUUGAAGGGGUCUCUGAGCGCGGAGGAGGGCAGGCAGCGAGCACCGUCCAGCAAGCCGGUCCACGGAGUUCAGAAGCAGCGACGCCAGGCUGCCAACGCCCGGGAAAGGAGACGGAUGCACGGGUUGAAUCACGCAUUCGACGAGUUGCGCAGCGUAAUUCCCGCUUUCGAUAACGACAAGAAGCUUUCCAAAUACGAGACCCUACAGAUGGCCCAGAUCUACAUCAAUGCGCUGUCAGACCUGCUUGAGGGUCCCAGUGCUGACUCGCCAAAGUUGCCCACCGCCGUCUACGACGGUGACAAAGCACCCCGUGGAUCCCCCGCUACCGGUAGGAGGGGCACGAGCACGGGGCUACCUGUCCAACUAAACAGCAUCCCGUUCCCGUUCGAAGGUGAUUCGUUUUCCGCCCUCAUGGAGCACGAGAUGCGGUCUCCUUCCACAGGGGUGGCAAGCUCCGGUUCUGACAGUACGAAAAACUCUCCACGGUCCAACCGGAGCGACGGAGAGUUUUCCCCGCACUCCCAGUUUAGUGAUUCGGACGAGAUGGCUAUGGAACUCCAGAGUGAAGACGAGCUUUCGGAACUGCCCAACCGUCACACAUUCUGAACACUAUGGACGUUAACCGAGUCAAUCACAUCAUCCGAAAUUAAUAGCCUAUGCGUUUUAUAAAAGAAUAGGCUUGCUUUCCAAACGUGAUUUUGAUUCCACCUGAGAACUAUAUUUUAUCAACUGUCAGAUAAAGAUUUUUUUAAAUGUCAGAUAAGCCUAAAUUUGGAUCUGCCAAUAGAUUUGUAGCCUUGCCGUCUCCAUGGGGACAUGGAAGAGACCCCUCUGCCAUGUCGCGCGCAGCACUGCCACGGGCUCUCCCAAGUCACGGACCAAACUGUCUUCCACAAAAUUGCCUGAUAUGAUAUUUUUAAUGUACAGAUUUUUUUGUAACUAUGAUUCUCCUGAUUCUGAUCAUAAUGAAUAUUAUUGAAUUGUUUACUUGCCUGUAAAUGUCCCUGUAUGAAAUUGUUUGCAACUUCUAAAGUUACCAACGCGCACUUUAAACGAGCCAGGGGCUUGAUGAAUACGAAUUUGUUUAGAACCACAAAAUAUUUCUUUGUUUCCGUUUUUUGUUAGUUGUAGUACCGCCAAUUUGAUACAGAUAGCAUAUUUAAUGUAGCCAUUUUUGUUUCUUAUAUAUUUUGUUGAUUUUGGUUACUUAGAUUCUUUCAGAUGAAUUUUGUGUGUCUGCUUUCACUGGAUGAGAAGAUUUGACAUAGCUUAUUUAUUCCUGAUUGUAUUCAAUUGAUUUGACUUUU